GUAAUUGUCAGAUUGUGAUCUUGGCGUGACUGCGGGCCGUAGACAUAACGCUCCCAAAAUCGCACCGGUUUCGAUUGUUGCCGAAAGUUGCAAACGUGAUAAAGCGUUGCUGCCGGACGUUUUCCGGAGAAAGUCACAUAUAUACUACCGGUCUGGCAUGCGUGUAGGAAUUCGCGCUGCGGGGUGUCUGUGCACUGUGCAUGCUUGACGCGUCGCUAGGAAUUUGACCAUUCACCCUAUAGCGAGUGAUAGAUAUAGUCGUUAUUUAAUUAGCGAUAAUGAAAUUGCGAAGAAGGCGAAGGCGAGGUGGUAUGCGAUUUCGCGUGGGAUAGAAGAAACGGAUUUGUUGCACUGGCUGCCUGAAAGAAGUGUGCGAGUGAGUGUACAGGUGAACAGAUCGGCAAGUGUGAUUAGGUACACGCAUACAGAGACGAACAGACAAGUAUACAGGUGUCUGUCAGUGUUAGUGUUCCGGCCAACUAUUCUAUACGCAUUGGCUUGUCAACCGGGAUUGUAUACUGCGGGAUAAGUUUAUAGGUGAACUGCAAUUAUAGGAUGUAAAGAUAAACUUUGCCCGGUUAACAAGAAUGAGCUCGCGUACAGAGCCUGCGGCUGUAGCGAAUGGAGAUGUGAGAGCAAUUCGCCAUGAAAGCCCAACGAAGCAGGACAAGUUGGCUGUUACGGAGACUGGAAAGGGACUGAAGGUGCACACUGAUGGACCACACCUCGUCAGCUGUGGAGGCGGACGGCUGUCUACCAGUGUCACUCUACUACCACUGUCUGAAGGUAAGACGGUGAUUGGAGCGGCAGACGCCAACAACAGCCCCGACAUAGAAAUUGAGGGAACCGGUGUGGAGAUAAACCACUGCAGCAUAGAGUGUACUGGUGAUGUUGUUACCAUCCACCCGGUGGCGCCACUGUGCUUCAUAGACAGAAUUUGCAUAUCCAAGCCAACGCAGCUGACGCAAGGUUGUACAGUGUGCUUGGGCAGAAGCAAUCUGUUUCGCUUUAACCAUCCAAGUGAAGCUGAGAAGAUAAAGAGCACGUUGCCUAACAACGCGCGCAUCACGCAGCCUCCGCUAGGCUUUCUACCUGCUGCUUCUCAGAACGAUGACAAUUAUCUAAGGAUGUUGGCAGAGAAUAAUAUCAAUACUAAAGACAGCGAUGGUGGUGAACGCCAAAACUCCAUCAGUGAGACAGCUGAAAAGAUGCAGAUCUCACAGAUUGAUGGGGAAGACUUCAUCAUGGGGGCCACACCUCGGCGCAAGUCUGCAAGCAGGAGUACAGCCUCUCCUGAUAAGGUGAUCGCACCCUACUGUGAGAGGAUCCCCAGCAACCCGGGAGCAAACAGCCGCAUAGAACCCCCUAGCCCUAACUCGCCGACUAUUGCUAACGGCAAGCCAACUACUGGCACAGCUGGCUGCGGGAGGGUUUGCAACAGACCUCCACAACCCGCUACUGCAGUUAUAUCUAACAGGACAGUAUCUCUAAAGCGCAUUGCAGGUGCUGCCCCCAAGCCAACAGCGGCUGCAAUGCUGAACCCAGCAACGCAGAAGAUACUAUUGCCCAGCAGCUCAUCGCCAAAACAAAGAACGUUUAAAGAACACAUCGCACAAAAACCUGCUGAGCCGGUGAAGACUGCCGAGCAGCUCGCGAUGGAGAUGCAGGCUGAGAUACUAGGCCUCGACGAGAUCCUCACCGCGUGCGUCGAGUAUGAGCAGCAGGCGCAGAGGGAGAAGGAGGAGACACUGAAACGAGCCAAGCGGCAGAAGGACAACCAGACGAAACGUAUCAUGACGAAUGGUUCGCUGCCGCGAGACACGCGCAAAAAUGCAUCGCCCACGUCGCCAAAGCCCUUUCCUCUACCGCAGAAGCAGGAGGACGCGUCCAACCAGAUAUCCGGACACGCUCCCCGAAGUCCCUUCCUCAGGAGAGCGCCACUGUCGCCCAACUCGCCAGGCCUGCAGCGUGCCAACAUGCACAUGGGCAUCAGCCAUCGCGUCGGCUCCCCGAUCCGAACCAACGCUCCACAUUCCUUCAGUACGACGCCGUCGGCUGCAGACAGCACUGACACAGCACAGCCUGACGGUGACACCAGCCCAGGAAGCGGUCCCAGCGUCGCUGUCGCGACCGCCGCCCCUGCAGGCGCGGGAGUCGAAGCAACGAGUCCGGGAAGCGGUGACAAGAGCGUGGACGUAAUCACGUGUGCACUGGGCAGUGCGGGCAGCGGGGGCAUCCCUGGUGGUGCGGGCAGCCCGGGCGGCGUGAUCCCACCGUACGAGCCGGCGCGGUGCGACGCCGCGGCGAAGACGCCGCUCAUCCACAGCAACGUGAACCUGUACGCGGACGAGGACACCGAGACGAACGACGACAACUACGUCGAAUUCGAGAAGGUCAACGACCUGAUCGCGCGCACCGUCGCCUCGCUCGCCGACAUGGAGCACGCUAGCGCCCUCUCACCGCCGCCGCCGCCGCCGCCCGUGCAUGUGGUGGUGACGAGCGCGCAGGUGCAUGCUCCGCCGCCACACGUCGCCGACGCUAGUGGCGCCAUCGCGGCGAGGACGGAGAACGGGUGCGCAGUGCCGACCGGCAAGCAGCGUGCUGGCUCCACAGCGGUGAUCAGUGAUGUACAAGUCUGUCUCGGCGGUGGGCAGCAGAGCGACAUCACUAGCUGCUCGGGCGAGCAACGCGGUGCAGCGUCCGGUGAUGAGAAACAGAGCGGUGCGGCUCCGCCCGAGAACGAACAGCGGGUGGAUAGCGUCUCUCAGGCUGAGGUUCAGCGGUCGCCGCGGGGCGUGGCUGCCUCCUCGCCCGCGGUCACACUGAGCAUCCAGAGUCAUGCUGCGCUUCCCGACAAACUGCAGAUUCAUACUGUCGUUCUGACUGCCGACCCUGCGAAGGUGCUGUCGCCUAGCAGAGCACAGGACGGCGCAUCGUCGUCGUCGUUGCCACAAAGAAAAGCGACGAACUCAGCCCCGCUCUGUGAUCUGCCGUUGAAAAUGGAGUGCGUGAUGGGGCUGGAGCCCGUUGCUGAGGAACUGGAGCACGAGGAGGAGGAGAGCGAUGGAGGUGAUACGGACGAUCGCGCAGCUGCGACGCUGACUGCCCCCGUGGGAGCUAGUGGUGAAAGUGCUCGUACUGGAGAAGAGCCUUCGCUUCAGCAGGCAGAACUCAAGCGCAGCAAAAUCGAAGUGGCGAGGAAGAUCGACAUAAAACAUCGGCGCUCGCCGGAGAGAAGCCUGCAGGUGGCGCCACCGUUUAAGAAAGAAGCCACAACCGGUGAACAAAGGCUUCCUCGCUCGCCAAGGACUCCCUCAUCGCCCGGCAAGGAUUUCGAGUUUCCAGUGAUGCUGCCACAGGACAAUGACCUGCGAAAGCACGUGUAUAAGCUGAAAAGCACCAAGUCAGACCUGAUCAAGCGCAUCUCACUCAUGAAGCAUGACAUCGUAGACAUAGAGACACAGCAAGGGGAAGCCAUUCGAGAGCUUGAAAUGGAGAGGGCGCUACUAGAGGGUGAGCAUCAGGUUCAGAUGGAGAAGUUGCAGCACGACCAGAAACGGAUUAAUCAGCUUAAGGGCCGUCAUGUGGCGCUCCAGCAGUCUGCAGCAGUGCAGCGUGCUAAGAGCCAAAAGCGGAUUGAGACAGAGCGAGUAAAGCUGGAAGCACUGGAGCACCAUCUAUACAUGAUGGAGCAGCAACUUGAAGACAUAUCUUCUGAGCAGGAAGAGGAGGAGCUGCUAGUAGAUUACAAAAUUGAACAGGAGAAAUUAGAGAAUGAGCGCAAAUUAUUCGAAGACCUGGAAUUCCAGCAACUAGAAGCUGAGGCCAGGUUUGAGGAGGAGCAAGAGCAGCUCCAGACUCAACUAAUGGAUGAGCAGAAUAUGCUUAUCGAUAAAUAUAAGGCAAGAGAGGCUAAGCUGCAGGAGAUUGACUCGCAACAGCGAGAGAUGCUCAACCAGGUGAAAUUACAGACGGAGGCACUGGAGAGGGACAGACAAAAGCUUGUGGAAGAAUUCAGAAGGGAAAAGAUGCGACUUGGAAUUCUCGAUAGAAAAAUCAAGCAGUUUACAGCGCUAGGCCUCAUGACGCCGAUGGAGAGCGUUGAAAACAGUGAAAACAACAGUGAGAGAUCAUCCGACAACGAGCUCGACAACGCACUGCCACGGUCGCGAGACCUAGAGGAGCGGCUGUCCAAGCUGACGGUCAACGAAGGCCUCGAAUACCAGUCGAAGCACGUCUCGUACGCGAGCACCGUCACCGAUUCCUCUCACGAGAGCACGCCCGAGCUACACGCCGCCGCGCCACCACCCCGCGUCCCCGCUUCCGCCGCCGCAGAUCACCCCACGAGUCUCGCGCUGCGCGGCGUGGGAGCGCCACGGCCGCGCGGUGGUCUCGCGACGACGCUGAGCGUCGAGACGACCGAUAGCGCCCUGCCGUCGAGCGAGGAGACGUCGCCGCAGAGUGUCGACACGCCCUCAGAGGAAGCCAAGCCGAAGAAGUGUGUGCAGUGGGAGGAGGAGGAAGAGGAGCAGGAGGAGGAGGAGGACGGCAGCAGAGACGAUGGUGUCGUAUCGCCGGGCAGCGACUCCGGGCUGUCGCCUUCAAGCGACGGCGUAGCGCCCCCUACCAGCUGCGAGUCGCUGUCGAGCGACACGGUGACGGUUACCAUGGAUACGGCAGCAGCGGAUUCGGAAGAGCAUGCGCCUGUGGACGAUAGCAAACCGUAUGACGGCUCCAUUCCACCUAUACCUAGGCCAGCUGUACGAAGGGAACUACAUAGGGCCAUGAGUGACACCAUGUUCGAAAUAGAGAAACACAGGCUGAUGGUGCUGGAACGAGAAGGCAUCAAUAUAAUAGAUGAAGAGAAGCGAAGGCUCUGUGAAUUAAAGAGGCGUGCAUCGGAGGAGGUGAGAAUGCAGUGGGAACAGAGAAAGCAGCAGGAGCUGAACGAAGUCAAUAGAAAGAGUAAUAACUCAGUUGACAGUGAAGACUCUAGCCUCUCCAGCUGUGAAACACCGUCUGAGAAGGAGACCAGCCUGAGCAGUGGUGAAGAUAAUUUAGAGAAGCUGGCAGAGAUGGAGAGAAUGUUGUCAUUGGCACAGAGCGAGAAACUAGCCAUGAUCGAGAAACAGGUGCAGCAGCGUGAGACUGAGAUGUUGGCUCUACAAGAGGAGAGGGAGCGCAGGGAGGAGCUGGAGAGAAGGCUCAUCGAGGAAACGCUGCGAAGAGAGGAGAUCAUUUCGGCAGAAGUGAAGCUGAGAGAGAAGCGCAACCAGAACAGUGCGCAGCAGAGUCGACCGCUGACGCGCUACCUGCCGGUGCGCAACAAGGACUUUGAUCUUGCUCAGCACAUCGAGAGCUCCGGGCACAACAUCGACGGCUGCGCGCACGUCAGCCUCACGGCGACCACCUGCCACGGCUACCUCAGCAAGAUGGGCUCCAAGUUCAAGACGUGGAACCGCCGCUGGUUCGUCUUCGACCGGCAGAAGCGCUCGCUGGUCUACUACUCCGACAAGUCGGAGAGCAAGCCGCGCGGCGGCAUCUACUUCCAGGCGAUCACGGAGGUGUACGUCGACCACCUGCACACGGUGCGCAGCCCCGAGCCGAAGCUGACGUUCUGCGUGAAGACGCUUGACCGGACUUACUACCUGCAGGCGCCGACGCCCGAGGCAAUGCGCAUCUGGGUCGACGUCAUCUUUACAGGCGCCGAGGGCUAUCAGGAGUUCCUGCAGUGAUGGUUGCUAGCAGGAGUUCCUGCAGUGAUGGCUGCUGCCAGGAGUUCCUGCAGUGAUGACUGCUAGCAGGAGUUCCUGCAGUGAUGGCUGCUACCAGGAGUUCCUGCAGUGAUGGCUGCUAGCAGGAGUUCCUGCAGUGAUGACUGCUACCAGGAGUUCCUGCAGUGAUGACUGCUACCAGGAGUUCCUGCAGUGAUGGUUGCUAUCAGGAGUUCCUGCAGUGAUGGUUGCUAGCAGGAGUUCCUGCAGUGAUGACUGGGUGCUGCCAAGAUCUACUGCAGUGAUGACUG